AUUUCAUUAUCAGUACUGACCAAUUCAACUCACAAGACUCGAUUCUAUAAGACAUGAACUCAGAUGUGCACACGUUUCUAACAGGUUACCAGCAUGUCGCGUUUCCCGACCUUUCCGACAGUCGCAUUCAUGACAACUCUGCCACCUACGUCAAGUCAGUCUCUCUUGAUUUGGUGCCCUUCCGGGAGCGCGGUAUGGAACUGCCGGCUUCUGCUGCCCUACUGCUUGCCUCGUUUUGUAACAUACUGGGCUUGUACUGUGCAUCCUCGGACAUCAUGAUCGGGAUUCUAUUGCCAGACGGACUUGUCCCCGGUCGUUUCUGUUUGGAUGCCGAAAUGGUUUGGGACAAUCUAGUAGACGAGGCUCGCCGUUCCCUGGACGGAAUCACAGGCCCGAAGUUCACGGAAUCUGAGUUGAAGAGUGAGCUCGGACUGAAAAAGGACCAGUCGCCGUUUACUGCCCUCUUUAUCCUUGAUGGACCAGAGAAUCUACACAUUCCAGACGACUCUCUUAGAUCUCCUUUACUUUUAUUCGAUUCAUCGGCGGCUUUGCUGUCUUUCCGGGCUUCAUCGCGCCUUGUACACCCCUCUGUAGCCAAUCAGUUGCUUUCCCAGAUAGUGGUCCUGUCGGUACACGCAGCUCAGAAUCUCACUUCAAAAAUAUCAUCCCCUCCUCCCUAUCCAGCCGACUUUGCAUCUGCCAUCGAAUGUCUCUCCACAGAUGCUCGUGCUUCCGUCUAUAAGCAUAUCAGUCCUGUUGCCAUUGCCACAGACUUUAUCCUCCCUUACGUCCAAGCCUAUCCCAAUGCCCCAGCAGUGUGUUGGUACCAUACUUUGUCAGCGGGCCUUAAAGACACGCUCGUCCCCGAAACAUUGUCUUAUGGCGAUCUCCAUGUCCGAGCCAACAGGUUGGCUCGAUACCUAAUAUCUCGAAAAUUGAAGCCUGAGGACAGGGUUGCCGUGUGUAUGGAUCGCAACCCACUGUUUCACAUAGUCCUGUUCGGAGUUUUGCGUGCUGGAGGUUGUUAUGUCCCGAUCGACCCCGAGCUUCCGGAUGAAAGGAAGUCGUACAUCGCAAAGGACUCGGGUGCUAGAUUUGUAGUUUUGGAGUCUCAUAAGCACUCCCCCGAGUUAUUCGGGGAAAUUGUUCUCGAUCUUGACGAUGAUCGUAUCUCGCGAGACAUACUGGCAUCGAACACAGCAGAUAUAGAUGUCGCAGAUCCCAACAAUCUGGCGUAUAUGCUCUACACGUCUGGCACCACCGGCACUCCGAAAGGCUGUCUUCUCACCCACGAAGGUCUCGCUGAAGCGAUACUAGCGCUAAGCUCCUUCUCCGCUGCCGUCCGAAUGGGUAAUAUUCGAGAUGGAAGGUUUCUCGGCGUUGCCUCUGUUGCGUUCGACGUACAUAUCGCGGAGAUUCUUAUACCUCUCUCUCUGGGCAUGGUGUUGCUUUCUGCGCCACGCAGCAUACUUUUGGAGAACCUGCCUUAUUAUAUCAGUCUUUUGGGCGUGACGCAUGUUGGCAUCGUGCCCAGUCUGAUUGAUGCAACCAUGGGUACUGUUCAAGAGGACGAAGCGAUGGGUGGAAUCAACCUGCGAUUUAUCGCCAGUGGUGGAGAGAAAAUCAGUGACUCGAUUCUAGAUAAGUGGGCGAAUCAUCCCAAAGUCAGACUCGCAAACUUCUACGGGCCCAGUGAGGUAACCAUAGGAUGUUGUGCUCGAUUUAUGGAUGUCAGCACACCCAAAGGCAACGUUGGGCAAGCCUUCGCCAAUGUUGCGUCUUAUGUCGUCGAUCAGGACCUCAAUAUCUUACCACGGGGGGCUGUUGGAGAGCUCAUUGUUGGCGGUCCCCUUGUUGGGCGUGGCUACCACGGACGUCCGGAUCUAACGGCUAAAGUAUUUAUUGAGUGGCCGCAGAAAGGCUCUUGGGUGUAUCGCACAGGGGAUCUAACGCGCAUGAUGCCCGACGGAUCAUUGGAAAUCAUCGGCAGAAUCGACACUCAGAUCAAGUUACGCGGAGUGCGCAUCGAGGCCGAAGGGGUGUCUGCUGUGCUUCAGCGAGCUGCUCGAUCCUGCCUCCAGCUCAACCUCGAUAUUGGGACCAUUCUAGGGACCCACCCAGAAAUUGGAGGUGGCAACGCGCCGCAGCUCGUCUCUUUCAUUUCCUGGGACACAGGAGUGUCAAUUGCUACUCGUCGGGGCAGUUCUAGGCCAGGACUAGUGAAGCCAGGAAGGAACCUCUCGCGCAUUUUGCGCGACGCUUGCGAGAGGGAACUCGCCAGUUACAUGCGCCCUGCUCAUAUAAUAGCUCUCAAUUGGCUUCCGCUUAAUGCUAACGGCAAGGCGGAUAUCAAAAUCUUGACCUCUAUCUUUUCAGAACUAGAUAUUAACGAAUUGAUCGGACUAGCUGAAGACCCUACCGGCCACGUUGACACCCCAGACGGUGACAGCCCUGUUUCUGACCUCGAAGAACGGAUAUUAGAACUCUUGAGAGAAAACUUUGGGAUUGCGAGCUCCAGUGGACCUGUCGGUGUGCACACUAGUUUAUUCGCGCUUGGAAUGGACUCUCUGUCACUCGCACGGCUUGCAUCCACGCUUAGGAGGUCCUUUGAUAUCGACAUACCUGUCGCAGAAAUCAUGAAAACUCCCACUGUCCAGGCGCUGUCAACACGAUUGGGAGGUCUCAACGUUUCGCGACCAGAAGGGGCCGUGUCGGAGAUCCACCAAUUCUCAUCAUUGUGGAUGCCAGAAAUUCAGAAGAAAAUGCCACAUCUUCACAUAGAGCGUGUUCUUCCCUCUUACCCUAUCCAAGAGGGUGUCCUGUACCGCUCUGAGAGCUCGCCAACCACGUGUGUGCAGCAUGUCGUGAUGCGCGUUCGAGAUGGUGUCUUUAUACCACAAUUGCGUAGCGCCUGGGAGAAGGCAGUAACAGAUAUCGACAUCCUAAGGACUGUAUUUUUCUUUGGCAAGACCUUGGUUCAGGUGAUUUUGUCGCGUGCGACCUGUCAUCUACAGUGGGAGGAGUCUUCCAUUCCGGCGAGCGACAAUGAAACCUUUUCCAACUAUUUCUUUGAUGAAGAAGCCGCCGGAGCUGCUGCGGAGAUGAACACUCGUAUCACUUCUGUACCGCCCGUUCGUCUUCGGGUCUACCGUGGAUCUUGCUGUGCUCAUAUUGUACUAUCCAUCCAUCACGCGCUGUUCGAUGCUAUUUCUCUAUCUCGCAUGCUGAAGUACGUUGAGGACACAUAUCUUAGCAGGCCGCUUCCCCAAUUAACCCCUCCCAAUCAAAUACUGGAGCACAUAGCGUUUCGAGACUUGUCCCCUGCUCGAGAAUAUUGGACGUCGACACUUCGCAAUUUUGACUGGUCUUCCCGCGACCUGAUGGGCGUGGCCCAAUCAGCCUCUCCUAAACGGAUCUCCAUAAUCUUUGAUACGCCGCUUUCAUACUUUCAACAAAUGCUUGUCCAUUGUCAAGUCACUUUACAAGCCGUGUUGACUUGCACAUUUGCUUCUGUGCUCGCGAACCAUUUGUGUCAGUCCGACGACCUAAUAUUUGGGGUGAGGCUUACCAUACUUGAGCUGGGCGUCAUUGACUGUGCAGCUCAGAUCAUUAGAUCAGGGAGAUUAGCCCCUGUCGAGAGUAUGGACGACGCCCUCAUCCCUCUGCUAUCCCUUGUCCCCAUGCGCGUCAACCUCAACAACCCUGAUUGUCUUCGUAAAGUCCAGGAUGACAUCAUUGCUGCCAUUCCAUUCGAAAAUGUUUCUCUUGGGCAGGUGCAGAAAUGGGUUAGACCAGGUGCUGCUCUAUUCGACAUUCUUUUCUCGGUCACGCACAAAGACAAGAUUGCGUACGAACUUUUUGACGUCGUGCGGAGUGAAUUGCCUCAGCCUGACUUCUUCCUGUCGGUGGAGAUUGUGGUGGACAUCUCAGCGGACAAGCUCAUUCUUCAGGCAGCCUUCUAUGACGACGGAUCGCAAGUCGCCAAUAUCGAAUCAAUGCUUCUUCAAUUUGAGUCUGCGGCCCGCGGUGUGGUAACUUCUGGAGUGCCCAGUGUCAUCGUUCCACGGAAGUCUCUAGCCAGUCGAGCGGAAUCCACACCACUGGUCGAUACUACCGAUGGUAACCAUGACCCGAGCAUGGAAAGGGACGUUAGUGUAGCCCUAUAUCCUGUCAGGGAGAUCAUGGCUCGGUUUUUGGGUGUCGAUCCCCAACAGCUAUUGUCGAGAACAUCGUUCAUUGCUCUGGGUCUCGAUUCUAUCAGGUCGGUGGGGCUUUCACGAGCACUCAAGGAAGAAGGAUACUAUGUAACUGCAUCGGAACUUAUGAAGUUCGCAUGUCUGGCUGGGCUAGAGUCCUUACCAAGCCUAUCUCAAGAUGCUGACCGUGCGCAGUUGGAGUUGGAAGCUCAGGAUCUACUUCAAGAAGAAUGUCGCAUACUAGAGUCACAUUUUGACGUCGCUACUUGUCGAUUUUCUGAUCGCGAUGAAGCCAGGAUACUUCCAACGACCGCCUUGCAGGCAGGGAUGUUAUCGCAGACGGUUGUCUCCUCAGGCUUACUUUAUAAUCAUGUAUUCGUGUUAGAGCUGUCAGCUUCCGUGGAGCACUCCCAACUCCGUCAAGCCUGCCACUCCGUUGUCACGAGCUUUGACAUCUUGAGGACAACGUUCCAUUACAUCGUCGACCUCGGGAAAUGGGCGCAAGUUUCGCACUCUGAUGUGCUCGUGAUUUGGACCAAAGCACUCCUGCGCCCUGGAGAAUCUCUAGAUGCGAUGUUAAAAACUGUCAUCGCAUCGAUGAGCGUAUCAGAGCAGGGAACAUCCACGUCACCAUUGGCUUUUUGUUUGGUCGAACAGCAGGAAGACGCCAGUGUCAAGAAAUAUAGCCUUGCCAUUGCCAUGCAUCAUGCUAUAUAUGAUGGUGUUUCCAUCGGAACGCUCCUCGAAGAGAUGGAACGAGUAUAUCAAGCACAUCCUCCCUCGAAACUGCCUCAAUUCUACGACGUGCUUCCCUUGAUACUCCAAGAAGAACAACAAAGUAUUCCCUUUUGGGUUCAAUAUCUUCAAGACUUUCAUCCUGUUCCACUACCUCGCGUGGAAUCUACACAGCUUCCGUCGGUCAUCUGUUCUCGCCAAUUGAGGCUAGACUACCAUGUUCUGAAGACGGCUGCUAGUGAUGCGGGUGUUACUCUUCAGUGUUUGGGGCAGGCAGCUUGGUCCAAGCUUGUCUCAUCGAAAGUGACUUCCUAUGAUAUAAUGUUCGGACAUGUUGUUUCCGGACGCUCUUUUCCAGGCUACGAAGACGUUAUUGGACCCAUGCUGAACACCAUACCAUGUCGUGUUCGUUUCGAUGAAACUACGACGAAUAGGGAUUUAUUGCGUUCUAUUCACGCAAAUAACUUAGCUGCGUUAGAGUGGCAACAUACUUCGCUCCGUACCAUACAGUCAAAGACAGGGCUCUUUGGUUUAUGGGACAGUAUAUUCGUCUUUCAACCUCUCAAGUCCAGCAAUUCAAAUCCCUUGUGGAGUUUGCUCAAUCCAGAUGAGUUUCAAGCUAACAUCCAGUAUCCAUUGAACUGCGAGUUUCACGAAACGGAUAAUGGAUUUUCCGUGACGCUGGCCUGCCUGUCGAAUGUCAUGGAUCUGGAGUCCUUGGAUCAUGAAAUGUUACAGCUUGAAGCCUUUCUCGGAACUAUUGUCUUCCAGCCAAAUGCUAAGGCCGUCGCAGAUGUUCCCUCUGACGGCACAAAGUCUUCCGUCUCUAGCGGUGUGCUGGUCGCCAGCAUUGUACCCCGUAGAGCAAUCCACCACUUACCUAUCGCGUUAGUCAACGUGCUAACUUCAGUCACCAAAUGUCCCCUCGACAGGCUGGUCUCGGACAGACCAGUUGCAGCUAUUGGGAUAGACUCGAUAACAGCAAUCCAGCUCAGUGCAAAAUGUAGGGAAGCAGGAAUUGCGUUAACCAUUGCGGACAUCGUCGCUUGCCGUACAAUUGGUGAAUUGGCCACAAAAGCCGUCGAAGUGGAAAGACGGCCAAGUCCCCAUCCACUGCCGCAGGCUUAUUUAGUCCCUGAGAUCGAUUGUCAAGCUGUCGCCAACAAACUCCCAUCCGACCGGCGCGAAGACCUCACGGUUACUCGGGCAGCCCCUGGCAUGAAAUGGAUUAUUUGCGCUUGGCAAAGAAGUCACUAUGCCCGAUUUCAGCACGUCUUCGCCUAUAGAAUAACUCAGAAAGUCGACCCCGAAAAACUGCGCAGCUCUUGGAUAGAGUUCAUUGCUCGACAUCCCAUUCUUAGGUCAACAUUCGUCUCCACAAAGUCUCAUUCAAAUGUCCAAAUAGCGACCUUCAGUACUGACAAAAUGGGAAGUUCAUUCACCGUCGAGCCAUUCGACGAUUUGCCCAACAACACAGAGAACCUGAAUGCGCGGAUGAACGCGGUCAUCUCUUACCCACCUCCAAUUGAUGGACCUCAAACCUGCGGACUACUUUUGAAUGGCUUGCGCAGCCAAUAUUUCCUGAUUAGAAUGCAUCAUUUCCAAUAUGAUGCCUGGAGUCUUGCGCUUUUGAUUGAAGAUCUUUCUCGUGCCUACCUAGGACAACCUUCAUCGGUCACGUCAGAUUAUGAAACCUUCAUGUCAACAUUUGCACCGACAGCAGAAAAUCUCCGGGAACAGGAAGAAUAUUGGCGGUCCAUCUUCUCACCCUCUUUCCGGCCGCUAUACUUUCCUCAGCUCAGUACUCCUGCAGCCCAGGAUGGGGUUGCCUCUAGAACUGUCGUUAUCGUAAAGGAUGCGGUGCACGGGGUAUCUGCUCUUGAACAGCGUGCUCGGCUGCAUGGCGUGUCACUACAGAGCGUUUUGCUGGCAUGCUGGACGUACAUCCAGUCUUUCUAUAUCUCGUCAGAAGAAGUGACGUUUGGGUUAUGGCACGCAGGUCGAACAGGACCUAUCAAAGAUAUUGACAGAUUGGCAUUCCCCUGCAUGAACGUGCUACCAAUGCAUGCUUGUAUUGGGAGCAACAGCGUCAUAGACGUUGCUCGUAGCAUUCAAGAAGACCUCCGGUUGCGCACUCCUGUCGUCCAGCAGACUGAUCUUCAAAUGGUAGACCAGUGGAUAGGAGGCAUGGGUGCACCAUUGUGCAAUGUGUUUGUCAACUUGAUUAGACUUCCGUCAGACGACAAGGAGGCAGAACUAUUUGAAUCGGUAGAUAUUACCUACACGAUACCGGAAAACGUUCCAGAACCCGAUCCAAAAAUCGUUGAUUGGAUCCCUAUGUCGAAUCUUAUACAGGACGAUGUUAUGGUUGAAAUUAUUGUACACCCUUGGGAUGAUACAAUAACGAUGACGAUCGAGUGUGCUCCAGCUAUCAUGGAUAUCCAGCUCGCCAGGAGAAUUAUUGACUACUGGUCAGAAAUAGUUGGAGAUCAUUGGGAGAGUGCUCCUGUCGACGUUAAGACUACAGUAAUGUAAUGGAUGGCCAGUAC